GAGGGACCACGCCGCAGCCUGAUCACCACCCUGGGGGAUUUAAACUUGAAAUCUGCAACCUGGCACAGCAGAGAACCAAGAAAACCAUAUGAUCUACAGUAGCCUCUGUCACAUGGCUCAGGGCUAAUUAAGUGUAAAUAACCCCAAAUCAGCAGUAAACUGACAAGUGGGGGAGCUGCAGAAGGUGACAGUCUGCAGUGAAAUGCCCUGGAGGAGCUGCCAGUGAGAUGGAAGCUACAUGGGAUCUGCCUUCUGGUGGGUUGAUGAGUUGAUACUCUAUACUCAGUCACUCUGAGCUGCCCCUGCUAUGGAUCAGUCUGCAGCUGGGAGGCUGGAAGGAAGCUUCAUGGAGGCCACUCCAGAUCUGAGAGACCUGGAGUCCAAGGUGGGAAGAAAGACUCCAGAGGGGUUACUCAGAUGGAUGAGAGAGGAUCCUGUGCUGCACCAUGGAGAAGCUGGGCAAGUCAUCAUGGACAGCAAAGACCAGGGUCUUGGAGACAAGAUCAAGGCUUUAAAAGUGGAAUUGGCCUGCUUGAGAGCCAUCGAUGUGAAGAUACUUCAUCAGUUGCUGGCUGUUAACGAAGGGAUCGAAGCCGUGAAAUGGAUCCUCGAGGAGAAGGGAAACCUAACCAGCCGUUGCAGUAGCUUGACCAGCAGCCAGUAUAGUUUAGCGGAAAGCCAGGAAACUUCCCGUCGCGGAAGUUGGAAUAGCCUUCAGGACCCCACAGACAAGCUGGACAGCAUCUCCAUCGGUAGUUAUCUGGACACUCUUGCCGACGAUCUGGAUGAAUACAGUCUGAGCACCAGUGAGCCAAUUGUCUCUUCCACCCCUCAUCGCCACGGACUUCCUUUAAACACCCCUGACCAAGGUGUUGGAGAAGGGUUAUCGGGUGCUCUUCACUCGAGAGCAGAACGAGAGAAAGCCAAACUCGACAGGGAGGGCAUCCAAGCCGAUAAUAUGUCUACAACGGGCAAUGGGCAAUUUUUAGGAGAUAAAUCUAGAAUGCCUAAGCAGAUGGGGCUUUUGCAAGCUGCUCAUGUGACCCAAACCUCAAACAGAUCCUUGGCCAAACACGGUGUAACCGUCGAGCACCAAAUGGAAGCAAAGCGUUCUGCAGAGACAAGUCCUAAAAUGAAAUUGAGUCAGAACGGGAAGGUGGAUUUGGAAAAGUUAAACAGCAAACUCCACUUGGAAUACGAUGCUCACUGGCAGUGGGUUCAGUCUCAGGACGAUGUGACAUUCUUGUAAUUUGACCACCAUUCUGUGUAAUGUGGAAUUUUUGUGUUUCUAUUCUUGAACUGAAAUGCUUGGUUUAUUACCCAGGAAUUUGUAGUGAUUAAGUUUGUCUAGAAAGCUCUAAAAUGAAACUUUGACAGCUACGGCCGUUUAAAUCCUAGUGUGGUGUUGCCUUGAAAGCCGUCAGAUUCUGAUGUCAGAAGUACACUCUUUUUUUGUAUAAAGAUUCCUCCUCAAAAAAAGGAGGUUUUUGGGGAGGUUAUCUGAUAAAUAUUGAUAUUCUAUGAAUGUUGAUGUUUUAAACGGACAGGCCACUACAGAAAGGAUUAUGUGAAUCGGCGCAAAAGAGACAUUUUCUAUAUGUUGUGAUUACAAAAAAAAAUUGGU